CCAUGAACUUUGGGCCCAUUUCCAAAUUUUCCAUGAACUUUGAUUUUUAUCAAAUUUUCCCUGAACUUAAAGGCGGGAACAAUUUUUCCAUGAAUUUCGAAAAUCCCCAAUUUGACUGCUGAGUUGGCACCAUUUAAGUCGCCUGAAAGCUGACUUGGCACCGGCGACGAUAUGAAGAAACGACGUCGUCCUAUACCCAUAAUACUACGUCGUUUGAUUAAAAUUUUGUUCCCUAAAUCUAGAAUUUAAGAAAUUGCAUCCCCAUUUCGUCGGUUAGGGUUUCAUAAGGGAGAAAUGAAGUUCACGCCAUCUGCCUCCUCUUAUGGCGCCUCGUCCUCGUCCAUGACUACACCAGAUUUCUUCACUGAAUGCGCGUGCAAACUUCAAGUGGAGAUGAAAACGUCGCGAACACAGCUCAAUCCUGGGCGAAGAUUCUUGAGAUGCUCCAACAAAGAGAAACAAUGUGGCUUCUUUGAGUGGGUAGAUCCUGAAGUAAAGCCUAAAAUUGAAGAUGACGAAGAUGAAAAAUUGAACUUCUGGAUUGGAGAAUGCUAUCGCCUAGGGAAAUAUGUGGAGGAAGAUAUGAAGCGAAUUAGAUUGUUGGAGAAUGAAGUCAGACUCCUCAGAAUGGAGAACGUCGAGAGCAGCAAGUGUUCGAUGAAAAAGAUGGUUGCAUGUGCUUGUGUUCUGGGUGUUGUUUGUUUGGUGAUUCAAGCUUUUGUUUCGUAGGUGUUGUGGGUGUUGUUUGGUUGGUGAUUCAAGCCUUUGUUUGUUAGGUGUUCUUGGUGUUUGAUUGUUAGGGUGUUAUAAUGAGAUCUAUUUUGUAGUGUCAUUGUAAUCUCAUUUACAAUCAU